AUGUCUUCGCCAUGCGAGGAAUGUGUCCAAGUCUGCGAACAGGGGACCUGCGAGCUCAGUCUCACCGAGCAAUGUACUGAACAGUGUGUCGUGGUACCGUGCAAUGAUGUCCACCACGACUACUCCCUGUGCGAAGCAGCCAAUGCUAUCGCCGGCUGCGAUAUCAUGUGCACCGAUGGCCCCGACUGCGAUGCUAUCGACACAAUCUUACAAUGCUGUCCAGAAUACCACCAGUUGUUCGUGGAGCAGAGGCCGCAGCCCUCUCAGCACGGGACUUUCAGCUGGCCAUUCUCGCCGGAUAACUCGCUUCAUGGUUACAUGAACCACGAUAGCUCGCUAUACGGAAACGAAUCUUCAUCAUCGACGCCACAACUGGCAAACAGCCCCGUAUCAAUGACCCACACGCCCCAUUCUGCGAUGAGUUCGAUAUCCCCUUCACACCCUCCCCCUAUAUCCGCGCCGCAAGGCCAAGGGAUGCCAGGUCAUCAAACGUCCUCGAUGUUUACCUGUAUGUGGGGAAACUGCGGAGCAACCUUUCAUACUCUGAACGAGCUCGUCGGCCAUGUCAACCUGCAACAUCUGCGCCUGCCGACAAGCAACGUUGCCCCUCCGGCCAUCCCCCAGCCUUCGUCGUCGCAACAUCUGCGACGCACCGAUGCGCUGUCCUGCAUGUGGGCAGACUGCCAGGUCUACUCGACCCCCAGCUCGGUGCCAGGCCCGUCGAUAGGCGACCAGGCGAACAACGCGCUCGGCGUGCUUGCGAGUCACCUGCUGCAGGACCACCUCGGUCUGUCCACCCCCGCGCCGACAGUGCACAGCGAUGACGCUACGCAGGUCUCGCCACCGGCGUCAGGCCCGCCGACGCCCGCACCCGAGCACGACUGCUCGGCGCCGCAAGCGCAUGUUUGCCGCUGGGUGGGCUGCGGUGAGAGCUUCGCGUCGUGUGACGCGCUCACGCAGCACAUCAACGCUGCGCACGUCGGCAGCGGCAAGGCUCACUACGACUGCUACUGGGAGGGGUGCUCGCGCCAUGGUGACAGCGGCUUUGCGAGCAAGCAGAAGAUCUGCCGGCACCUACAGAGCCAUACCGGGCACCGACCCUUCCAAUGUAGUAUAUGCCAGCAGAAUUUCUCGGAGGCUGCGACACUAGCACAGCACAUGCGUCGCCACACACAAGAAAGUGCGUAUCCACUGCUGCCGCUGUACCUCGACAUUCUAAUUAUUACUUCUCCAGAGCCCUACGUUUGCGACUAUCCUGGAUGCGGCAAGUCGUUCGCAAUCACUGGCGCGCUCACUAUCCACAAGCGUACGCACAACGGUGAAAAGCCUUUCAAGUGCACGUUCUGCGAGCGAGCGUUUACGGAGUCGUCAAACUUGUCGAAGCACCUACGAACGCACACGGGCCACCGGCCGUAUCCCUGCGCAGAACCGGGCUGCAACAAAACAUUUGCGCGUCCCGAUCAACUGGCACGACACAUGACCGUCCACCGCAAAAAAGACGUUAAGCCCGAACCGGCUGAACGUGAGGGCCAGGUGGCGGCUUAG